AUGGCGACGGUGAUAAUGAUAGGCCUCAAAGCUCUUUUCCUUAUCGUGGUAGCCGCAGGCGUCGGACGGCCUGUCCAGGCGCAGACGGCGUCGACCCUGGUGUCUCCGAACUCCACCGCCACCCCUUCGAAUGGCAGUUCCAGCUCGAGUAGCUGGUCCAUUGUCACCCCAACCACACCGUAUUCAACCCGUUAUCCCAUUACCAACCAGACCAUCACCCUUCCAUCCUCCACCGUGGCCUGGCCGCCGAGCAAAACGCAGUCGGGCCAGCCAAGCUACUGCAACAACUGGCACUUUGUCCAGGGAAGCCAGACGUGCGGCAACAUUAUAGGCCUCUACGCUACGUGGAUGUCGGCCGACGACUUUUAUGCCUGGAACCCGGCCGUCGGCCAGGACUGCUCCGGCCUGUUCGUGCACUACUGGGUGUGCGUGGGCAUCCGGCCGCAGACGCAGAUCUCGCUGCCGUACGAAACGGGCAACACGACGGUCGUGCUGCCGCCCUACUUUACCUGGACGCCCAAGCCCACUCCGACAGACCCGCCCAACUUCGGGGUACCCACGCCGACUCAAGGGCCACUCCCGAAAAACUGCCUAACUUACUUCCGGGCCGGCAGCGGCGACACGUGCGCUAGUGUCGUCAAAGAGUACCCCAUGGUGACGCAGAAGCAGUUCCUGGACUGGCACCCCUUCCUCAACGGCAACUGCAAUGGCCUCUGGGCUGGAUACUGGUACUGCGGCAUUGCCUUUGACUGGGAUGAUGUGCCCAUGCCGCCCACCGUCACGACCAAGCCGUCACCCAUGCCGACGGGUAUUGCGUCCAACUGUGCCGCCUGGUACCUGACAACGGUCGCCGACACGUGCGACCUGAUCACCCAGAUGUUCGGCACCUUCUCCACGGCCGACUUUAUCGGCUGGAACCCGUCCGUACGGAGUGACUGCUCCGGCAUCGUAAUGGAGAGUUACUAUUGCGUCGGCGUCCCGGGCACCCCGACAACGCGAAUCACGCCCGUUACGAAGCCGACGACGACCCCGGCCGAGGACCUCCCGACCCAGGAGGGAAUCGCGCUCGACUGCGCCAGCUUCUGGCUCGUCUCGAGUGUCGACAAAUGCAACACCAUCGCCUCCCGGAGUGGCAUCAGCCUGGGCGACCUUAAAGCCUGGAACCCGGCUCUUGGGGACGCCUGCGGCGGUCUCAAGCCUGACUUUUACGUCUGCGUCGGGCGGAAGUCGAGCACAACCAGGCCAUCAUCAGCUACCGUGACUAAAACUACCACAGGCAGCACGUCAUCAUCAGCCUCCAUGACCGGAACAACCACAAGCAGCGGGCCCGGCGCGACGCCCACACCAAUCCAAGGUGGCAUGGUAAGCGGGUGCAAGAAGUUCUACCUUGUGAAGUCUGGGGACGGGUGUCGGGCGAUUGCCAACAACCACGGCAUCGCUCUCAGCGACUUUUAUCUCUGGAACCCGGCCGUGAAUAACGGGGGCGAGUGCGCCGAGCUUUGGCCGGACGUGUACGUGUGCGUUGGGGUAUAG